UGCCUCACAGACCUUCCUCAGAGCCACUUUCAGAAAAGCAAGCUUCUCUGGUGGGUCUCAGAGCUGCCUUGAGGAGCCUGGAGAUUUGAAAAUGAACCCCACAGAUAUAGCAGACACCACCCAGGAUGAAAGCCUCUAUAGCAAUUACUAUUUUAAUGAAAAUAUCCCCAAGCCUUGCACCAAAGAAGGCAUCAAGGCAUUUGGGGGGCUCUUCCUGCCUCCACUCUACAGCUUGGUCUUUCUGUUUGGCCUGCUUGGCAAUUCCAUGGUGGUUCUGGUUCUGUUCAAGUACAAGCGGCUAAGGUCCAUGACCGACGUGUACCUGCUCAACCUUGCCAUCUCGGACCUGCUCUUCGUGCUCUCCCUCCCUUUCUGGGGCUAUUAUGCUGCAGACCAGUGGGUUUUUGGACUAGGUCUCUGCAAGAUUAUUUCCUGGAUAUACUUGGUGGGCUUUUACAGUGGCAUAUUCUUCAUCAUGCUCAUGAGCAUCGAUAGAUACCUGGCAAUCGUGCACGCGGUGUUUUCCUUGAGAGCGAGGACCGUGACGUACGGGAUCAUCACCAGCUUAGCCACGUGGUCAGUGGCUGUAUUUGCUUCUCUCCCCGGCCUUUUAUUCAGCACUUGCUAUACAGAGCGCAACCACACCUACUGCAAAACCAAGUACUCAUUCAACUCCACGAGGUGGAAGGUCCUGAGCUCCCUGGAGAUCAACAUUCUAGGAUUGGUCAUCCCCUUGGGGAUCAUGCUGUUUUGCUACUCCAUGAUCAUCAGGACCUUGCAGCACAGUAAGAACGAGAAGAAGAACAAGGCGGUGAAGAUGAUCUUCGCCGUGGUGGUCCUCUUCCUGGGGUUCUGGACGCCAUACAACAUAGUGCUCUUCCUGGAGACCCUGGUAGAGUUAGAGGUCCUUCAGGACUGCACCUUUGAGAGACACCUGGACUAUGCCAUUCAGGCCACCGAGACCCUGGCUUUUGUUCACUGCUGCCUUAAUCCAGUCAUCUACUUUUUCCUGGGGGAGAAAUUCCGCAAGUACAUCAUACAGCUCUUCAAAACCUGCAGGGGCUCUUUUGUGCUCUGCCAAUACUGUAGGCUCCUCCAAAUUUACUCCCCUGACACCCCCAGCUCCUCUUACACGCAGUCCACAGUGGAUCAUGAUCUAAAUGGCGCUCUGUAAAAAUGCAAAACACAGAGUAAGUUUCCCAAAUGAAGAGCUUUCUUAAAGUUGUAUUAUAGUAAGAGUUCCCUGAGCAAGUGUCAGGAAGACGUACAUCCACUGCAGAAAGUGGGGCUUCUCACCCUGCAGUCAGCUUUUCCUCUUGCCACAUAACAGGAUCAGUGGGGCACAAGUUCCCCCCCACUGAGGCGUCCUCCCGGACACCAGGCUGUCCUGCCGGGAUAAGUGAACUUGAGGAGCAUUCUGAGCAGUGUUUCAAAGCGGUGAUAGGUAAUAUUUGAAGGGGAAGACCCUUCCCUUCUUACAGGAACUGAUGGAGUUCUCCUGAGGGAAUCGGAGUGAAUUGACUGGUGGAGUAAAUUGCUGCUUCCUGCUGUGAAAUACAGGCCCUUUAAUUAAUUGCUAGCUUUUGUGGAACAAUAUAGAAAACUUGGACAUGCUGCCUUAGUGUUUUUUUUCCUAAUAAUAUAUCUGAAGCCAGGUAUAGUCCAUGAAGCCAAGUGUACGCAGAAAUGAAUGGUGAAGUAAUGAAUUUAGAUCUUGAUGCUUUUAUUGUAAAGGAUUAUUUGUUAAUGGAAGCCAUACUUUUUAUGUCGAUUCCAAGUGUAAGACUGUAAAGGCAUUAGCAUGGUCUGAGUUCCAAACUUGAAAUACGAGGCAUUAAAAAAUCCAAACAUACUUGUAGAAAUUCAAAUAGUUAUAUAUGCUUGUGGACAUGUAUUGUUUUAAUUAAAACAGGUGAAUAUUCAAAUUGUAAAAAUAAUACAUAGUUUCAGAUACAUUUAUUUGGGGUCUUUUACUUAUUUACAAACAAUGCCUUCAAAAGUAAAAAUAAUGAGGACUAUUAAAGUAUGACAAUGCUUGCUUUAUCAUUUUGAAGUGCCUUCCAUCAUGUGAGGUAGGAAUAAUCAACUAAAAGUCAUUGCUGAUGUGGCAUAAAAAUGACUGUCAAAAAAUUAUGAAAUUGUAUGACCCAGCAAUUCCACUCUUAGGUAUUUAUCC